AGAGCGAGCCCACCAAGCAGCCGCCUUCUUCCUUGCGGAGGCCGAAAACCCUCUCUUCCGCCGACCUCUCGAGACGCAUCAGAAGUCGCCGCCGCCGCCGCCGCCUGCCGACUGCCGUGGAGAGCGCGAGGGAGCUGCGGGUGCUAAGGUUUGGCUCGAGAUGGGGAAGGCAAAGGGCAAGGGCCCUAAAUUCGCGGCGGUGAAGAAGAUUAUCACCAAGAAAACCAUCAACAAGUACAAGGAGGAUGUGCUGAACCACAAGAAGAAGGACGCGGACAAGGAGAAGCUCGGCCGGAAUGUGCCGCAGGUUUCGUCGGCGUUGUUCUUCAGCUACAACACGGCGCUGGGGCCGCCGUACCGGGUGAUAGUGGAUACCAACUUCAUCAACUUCUCCAUACAGAAUAAGCUGGAUUUGGAGAAGGGAAUGAUGGAUUGCCUUUAUGCAAAAUGCACCCCGUGUAUCACUGAUUGCGUUAUGGCUGAGCUUGAAAAACUUGGACAGAAGUAUCGUGUGGCCUUGAGAAUCGCCAAGGACCCAAGGUUCCAAAGAUUAGCAUGCACACAUAAGGGAACUUAUGCUGAUGACUGCAUUGUGGAGAGGGUCACUCAGCACAAAUGCUACAUAGUUGCUACUUGUGAUAGAGAUUUGAAAAGGAGGAUAAGAAAGGUUCCUGGCGUUCCAAUCAUGUACAUCACAAGACACAGGUAUUCGAUUGAACGGCUCCCUGAGGCCACAAUUGGUGGAGCACCAAGAAUCUAACCAGUCCAUACAUGAAAUGCUGUGGAAUGUUUCACUGUGGCAGCACUUUGUCCAUGUGACCAAGUCACUGUUUCAUGUCUGAAGCCACUGUGCAGACUGAGGAAGGAUAAGAAUGCUGCUGUCUAGGUUGAGCUCACUGUAACUACUAAGAAAUCUUGUACCAGCUUCACCAUUUUACUGUUAUCAUCCAGAUGUAAUAGCUUCCGUCUACAAUGUUUCUGGUUGUCUGAAGUAAUUCUUCGUUAGAAGAUCAGGCAUCCUCUUCCCAUUCAAUUGUACGGUAGACCAUUUUUUUUUUAAAAGUACUGCAGCUUGCUUCUCAAUCUUGUGCUGUUGAUGCUGAUGUUUAACACUUUGACAUUAUUGUUCUGAACACGGUACUGGCUCCUUGCAUGAUCUUAUAGUAUUUACAUUGAGUUA